AUGACAGACAAAGUCGUUGUAUUCAGAGCCCUUCAGCUUGCAAAUGAGCAGAGAAAUGCAUAUGGCUUGCGUUAUAAUGACCUGACACGCUAUCGUAAGCACUGUGCUAAUAGGACGCAUCGUCUGCGUUCUAGCCUAAAGAUGACGCAUGGCAGAGGAAGGGAUUUCAAAAAACUGCCCCCUUUGACGGCCGAUAUUGUAAAGGACGGACAUCUUCAACUCUUGUUAUUCGAGGCAGAACGCGCAUGGGCAUACUCUCAAGAGCUCACCAGCUCAUCUCUUUUACCGGCCAACAAGGACCAAGCAAGCUCUCUACGACACAGUGCAACAGGUCGAUUCCGACGAGCAGUACACUGGUCUACCCAGCUUCUUUCUCUUUGCCAGAGUCUGUAUGCCUCCUCUCGCCUCUCUGCUGAAAACUUGGUCGAGGCCAGUAUUUAUACAAUCAUUCUCAACGGUCGAUUCCUCCGCUACCGAGAUGACUUUGAAGAUGCACUUAUUCAGCUCAGCGUAGCUAGGUCUCUGCUAGAUGACCUCGCAGAGACGUCUUCGACCAGCCGUGAUCAAGCUUUAGCAAUUCUAUUCUCCGAUGAAAUCAGCCCAGAAAUUCGUUAUUGCGCCCACGAACUGGGUCGAGCCAAAGCCUACGAUGUCAACGGAAUUGUAGCUGAAAUCGCCCCCAAAUAUCGCAACGAGCUUGUAGAGAACUGCGAUGCGCUUUUGGCUAAGCUCCAGAAAGAAGAAAAGUCUUCCUCCUCCGCAUCUAAUCUCAAACCCAUCACCUGGGAGGACCAACCAGUUCCCGUCCGCUAUCCCGAGCUAGUCGAUGUUCUUUUGCGCGUUCAAAAGGCUGAAGCUGGAAUCAGAGACGAUAACCGCAACCCAGCCAAGAAAACCAAGCUGGGUGUCACUGCUUAUGACGCUGUUCUGUCAGCUCUAAGUGACGCAGAAGAAGUUGCUAGGAAAUUACAGGAAACCCAACAACUUAGCGGCACUUCUGCAAAUACUUCGACAAGCGGAGGAAGAGACAUCCAUUUCGUACACGCUUAUAUUGUCUUCCAGCUUCUCUCUCGUCGCAUACAGCGCGACUUACUUCUUAUGGACACCCUUUUAAGCACUGGAAGCAGUGAGAAAUCCAAGAUUCCUGUCCAGAAAAAGCCUACCUCGACCAUCAAAGGAAACUCUGCACCUGUUGACAGUAGACUCUACCCAGCUAUCGUGAAGCUGCUUGACACCGUCCUACAGAGUCUGACCCAGAUGCGCACCCUCAGCCUCGUUGACGACAACGCAGAUCUUACAUCAGCCGUGGAAGCCAGGAUAUCUUUCACAAACGCUCGCCGGUGCGUAUACCUCGCACAGUGCUAUGGCGCCGUGAAGAAAUAUGCCGAGGCCCUCACUCUCCUCCAACACGCCUCUAUUCAUCUGCGCGAAACAGGAUCCAGUCUCUCGCUAUCAGAGACCGAUCCCAUCAAUACCUCUGUGCCCCCUUUCUUCUCACUCAAGGCCGAGGAUAUCAAAGAGCUGGAGGGCACGAUAGCAGUUGAUGGCACUCAAUUCAAGCGCGACUGGUUCGCAUACAACGGUGGGUCUAUCAAAGCCGAUCCAGCGACGUAUAAGAAACCUCUAUUCUUUAACAUUGCGCUCAACUACGUCGAGCUGGACAUGGAUCGGCUGCAACAUCGUGCCGGCAAGCAGCCCGUCCCCCCUCCUCCUGUUGCUGCCCAGUCGUCUGCUCAACUUACCAAGAAGGUAGAACCUGCGCCCGCUCCUGAGAAGAAGCAGCUCCCCAAGGCAAAGGUGGAGGAGCCCAUCCAGCCGGUUCCAGAACCUCAGCCACAGCAGCAGCCUUCCCGUGGCGGGAUUAGCAGCUUGUUGGGAGGCUGGUGGAGUAAAAGUUCUCAGUAG